AUGGCUUCCGUCCCGAGUGUGCAAUGCUUCGGCAAGAAGAAGACGGCCACCGCUGUCGCCCACUGCAAGCAAGGCAAGGGUCUCAUCAAGGUCAACGGCCAGCCCCUCUCUCUGGUCCAGCCUGAGAUCCUCCGCUUCAAGGUCUACGAGCCCCUCCUGAUCGUCGGUGCCGACAAGUUCGCCGGUGUCGACAUCCGCGUCCGCGUUACCGGUGGUGGUCACACCUCCCAGGUCUACGCCAUCCGCCAGGCCAUCGCCAAGUCCAUCGUCGCCUACUACCAGAAGUACGUCGACGAGCACUCCAAGAACCAGCUCAAGCAGGCUCUUGUCCAGUACGACCGCACACUCCUCGUCGCCGACAACCGUCGCACGGAGCCCAAGAAGUUCGGUGGUCGCGGUGCUCGUUCCCGCUACCAGAAGUCCUACCGUUAA